GCUUGAGGCGCGGAGGGAUCCGGAGGCGAGCGGAGCUCGGUGCUGAGGCCGCCUCAGCGAAAAAAAAAAAUGUCCGCCUGAGGAGACCCACAAGUUCUAUCGGGGGGACCGCCAGCCCGCCCGGGGAGCCACGGGCGGCCAAGCCCGAGAGCCGCCCGAGCCGCGCGGACCCAAGCGCUCGCGCGGGCCCGAGGCCACCGAGCCGCCGGCGGCGCGAAGAGAAGGGGUGGGGGGGGAAGCCUGAGCCCGCGCUCCCGGCCAAAGUGAACUUUAAUCGGGGAGGUUGGAUGCAGAGCCCGUGCGGCAGGACCUGCUAGAAGUGGCUGAAGAUGAAUCCCCAGCAGCAGCGCAUGGCCGCGAUAGGGACCGACAAGGAGCUGAGCGACCUGCUGGACUUCAGUGCGAUGUUUUCCCCACCUGUUAAUAGUGGGAAAACAAGACCGACGACCCUGGGAAGCAGUCAGUUCAGCGGGUCAGGUAUGGAUGAACGUGGAGGAACAACAUCUUGGGGCACAAGUGGUCAACCAAGCCCUUCCUAUGAUUCAUCAAGAGGUUUCACAGACAGCCCUCAUUACAGCGAUCACUUGAAUGACAGUCGAUUAGGAGCCCAUGAAGGCUUGUCUCCAACACCUUUUAUGAAUUCAAAUCUGAUAGGAAAAACAUCAGAAAGAGGCUCAUUUUCCCUGUACAGCAGAGACUCCGGUUUAUCAGGCUGUCAGUCCAGUCUCCUGAGACAAGAUCUAGGACUUGGGAGCCCAGCACAGCUGUCUUCUUCAGGAAAACCUGCAACACCAUACUACUCAUUCUCUGCCACAAGUUCUAGGAGAAGACCUCUCCAUGACUCUGUAGCUCUAGAUCCUUUGCAAGCAAAGAAAGUAAGAAAGGUGCCUCCUGGCCUGCCUUCUUCUGUAUAUGCACCAUCCCCAAAUUCUGACGAUUUCAACCGUGAAUCUCCUAGUUAUCCGUCUCCCAAGCCACCAACCAGUAUGUUCGCUAGCACUUUCUUUAUGCAAGAUGGGACCCACAGUUCUUCUGACCUUUGGAGUUCAUCAAACGGGAUGAGCCAGCCUGGUUUUAGUGGAAUUCUGGGAACCUCAACUUCCCACAUGUCUCAGUCCAGUAGUUAUGGCAGCCUUCAUUCACAUGACCGCUUGAGUUAUCCUCCACAUUCAGUGUCACCUACAGACAUAAACACGAGUCUUCCGCCAAUGUCCAGCUUCCACCGUGGCAGUACCAGCAGCUCACCAUAUGUUGCCACCUCCCAUACCCCUCCCAUCAAUGGAUCAGAUAGCAUUCUAGGAGCCAGAGGGAAUGCUGCUGGAAGCUCACAGACGGGUGAUGCACUUGGAAAGGCUUUGGCCUCUAUUUAUUCUCCUGACCAUACAAGCAGUAGUUUUCCAUCAAACCCAUCAACACCGGUGGGAUCCCCUUCACCUCUCACAGGUACUAGUCAGUGGCCCAGAGCUGGAGGGCAAGCUCCUUCAUCCCCAAGCUAUGAAAACUCACUUCACUCCCUGAAAAAUCGAGUUGAGCAGCAACUUCACGAGCAUUUGCAAGAUGCAAUGUCCUUCUUAAAGGAUGUCUGUGAGCAGUCUCGAAUGGAGGAUCGUUUAGACAGACUGGAUGAUGCUAUCCAUGUGCUGCGGAACCAUGCAGUUGGACCUUCUACCAGUCUGCCUACUAGUCACAGUGAUAUACACAGUUUAUUGGGACCAUCCCAUAAUGCACCAAUUGGAAACCUGAAUUCAAACUAUGGAGGAUCAAGCCUUGUUACAAACAGUCGAUCAGCUUCAAUGGUUGGAACUCAUCGGGAAGAUUCCGUCAGUCUCAAUGGCAAUCAUUCUGUCCUGUCUAGUACUGUUGCUGCCUCAAACACAGACCUGAACCAUAAAACACCAGAAAAUUACAGAGGUGGCUUGCAAAAUCAGUCUGGAAAUGUUGUUCCAACAGAAAUCAAGACUGAAAACAAAGAAAAAGAUGAGAACCUUCAUGAGCCUCCUUCAUCAGAUGACAUGAAGUCAGAUGAUGAGUCUUCCCAAAAAGACAUCAAGGUCUCAUCUCGAGGCAGAACAAGCAGUACCAAUGAAGAUGAAGAUCUGAAUCCGGAACAGAAAAUUGAAAGGGAGAAGGAAAGGCGGAUGGCUAACAAUGCCAGAGAGCGCCUGCGUGUGCGGGAUAUUAAUGAGGCAUUCAAGGAGCUUGGCCGAAUGUGUCAGCUUCAUUUGAAGAGUGAAAAACCUCAGACAAAACUCCUCAUUCUUCAUCAAGCCGUGGCAGUCAUCCUUAGUCUAGAACAGCAAGUCAGAGAGAGGAACCUCAACCCCAAAGCAGCCUGCCUUAAGAGAAGAGAAGAAGAAAAGGUCUCUGCUGCGUCAGCAGAGCCACCAACCACACUGCCAGGAACCCAUCCUGGGCUUAGUGAAACUACAAACCCUAUGGGUCAUCUGUAAACAUCAGCCAGUUCCAGCAUCAUCAGUAGGCUAGAUAGAAGGUGACCUCUCCUCAUAAAGACUUGGACAACUCAGAUUAUCUGAAGACACAGACCUGACAGGAGAAGAAAAACAAAACACUUGAAGCAAGAAACUCAAAUGUAAUCCUAUGAUCAAAGUAGCUGGUCAACACUUCCAUCAGAAGUGAGGAUAGGAAGCUCAUCAGAGAACGCCGGCCCAUGAGGUGUUUGCAGUGUAUCAUUCUGCUGUAAGCAAUGUGUCGCUUCUGCACAAUCAGAGACUGUCUCAUCUCUCCACUCAACGUGGAAGUUGCCUUGUGCCUAAACUGAAUUGACAAAUGCAUUGUAACUACAAAUUUUAUUUAUUGUUAUGGAACUGUGAGGUCUACAUAUAAAGGGAAAAAGUUCAUGUGGGAAGCUGAUGUACACUCAGCUGAUGCCAGCAUUGUUAAAGCUGUUCACAAAGCAGUGGCAACCAUUGGCCCUUAGCAUUCCCGGCAUACCUGUUAGUGUCUUAAAAAGGAAGGGAGUCCUUUGUUGCCCUCUCCGACCUUCGCCAUAUGAAUAGUGUUUUCCAUGAAAUAGGAAAAUAUUACUUGGUAUAGCAUUCUCUCUUCUUUUUUCACUCAUUUUUAUUUUCUCUUUGUGGUUGUUAUAUUUGGUCUAAGUCUGCAUAGUUUAUGGUCACAGUCCAGAACCCUCCUCCAGCCCUGUGUGCUUUGUUCAUGUCCUUGCAGUGAUAAGCAGACACCAUCUGUGACCAUAGCCUAGCUAAGAUUUUGAAAGGGGAAAUUUUGUCCCCUGGAUUUGCCCCCAAAUAAACAUUGCUUUAUUUCUAAUAAUCACUAAGACUUUUCAGGCUUCUAGGUUUCAUAGUAAAGCUAUAAUAGCAAGAAAUGUAACUUACAAGGGAGAGUCUACUUUUUAGAAAUUGCUUUGUUUUCCAAGCAGUAAGUACUACAUAAUAUGGUACUUGUAAAGUGUUAGCUGUAAGUAAGCACAAAAUGCAUUCAAUACAAUACAAAGAUGACUUUUCAGGCCAUGAUCAUAGUGAGCGUAACAGAACCCGGGAGUCCCCAGGACAGGCAGUUUGAACGCACACAACCACUCCAGGCUAAUUACCUAUGGAAUCCAAGAGCAAUGGUCACAUUUCCUUACCCUGGCCUUUACUUCUCUGUCCUUUGGUUGACUGAUCAGUGCAGUUGGGGCAGGGUGUGAUUUAAUCACCUACAAACCACCUGCCUUUGCCCUAGGAAGAGCUAGAUUAGCGCUGAGCUGUACUUGUCAUUCCAUCUUAGCAUUACUUAUUAAAGCCCCUCUAUCUCUAAUCCUUCAUACUUGUAUUUAAGACACGGUAAUCACUUUGAACUUCCAUGAAAUCUGUCUUCCACCACAGCAGCGCUGGGAGAGAAAAACAUGCUGAACAUGAUGGUCUUGGCUAAGUAACUCCUUAGAGCCAGUAUCAGUAGCAGUCUGCACAUAGAAGAAAAAUCCCAAGUCAUUCUGUAACUUAAAACAACGGAGAAUUUGAAAGAACAAAAGCUAUUAAGACAGCACUUCAUAUCUCCAUCAGGACUAUUUCUAACAAGUCAGUCUUUGAUGAAUUUAGUGGACUUAGGUUGUAUAUGUUCUCCAGUUAUAUCAGACUACCUGUGGCCUUGUUCUUCAUUUCAGUGUUAAUCGGCUCAAACAGAAGUUGUUGCUUAUGAUGUGUGAGUGAACAUAAGCCACUGCCUGGCCUUUUUCUUCAGAGCUUGUUGUCUUUUUCGCUAUAUUAGACUUUGCAGUAUGCCCAGAAGCUUUCCUUCAUAAAAUAGAAAGAAAAAAAAACAUUUGGCUUAUUUUUCACUGUAGCUAGUCUUUUAUACAAUAAUCUUGUAAGAAAAUUUCUUGAAUUCUAAAUAUUACUCUUUCUAGAUUUUUGAAAUCAAAAAUUUUCAGUAAAAAGUUUCUUACUUUAUUUUAUUAUAUUAGGUAGUUAAAGAAAAUGUAGGGUUAUUUACCAUAACCUGUUCAUUAAUAUCAGAAAUUUACAAUAGCAUUUUAAGAGCAUAGUAGGUUCUAGCAUACCGUGUAGUUCCUAUGGAGUAUUGUGAGAGCGAACUGUUGGGAGAUGAGCUGCUUUUCAUCUUGUUCUCCAGUUUCCAUUGUCGAUUUAUUGCAGAUUUGUAUCCUGUGUCAAAUUCAAGGUAUUAUUGAUAAACCUUUUCAACCAGCAGCAAGAAGUUCAAAUUUUUUUUCUGUCACUGUAACAGAAAACGCAGUAUGUAUAUAACAUUUAUGUAGCAAUAAAUGUGCCAUCCUUUUUUUAACAUAGUAAACUAGUGAGUUUUUUACACUUUUGUUUCCCACAGAAUAAUGUAUUUUGUUUUCUUUUCUCUACCUCCUUCCUCCUAGAAAGUCUCAAACUGCUUUUCCUGUCUGCACUAACUGUGCUUCACGGGUGACCCUGCAGGACAGAUGGGCCUGGGAAAGCUAAGAUGACACAUCCCAACCUGCACAGUUCUCUUGCCCUCUCUUCUGAUGCUGUAGUAGAGAAAAUCUCCUCUUGCAGAUGUAGAGAAGAAUGAAGAUGAUGGGAAAGGACUUCAGAUGAGGGUUUUAUUAACAGCCCUUAAAACACCCUCACAAUCUUUUCUGUCUCUCUUCUCUCACCUACAACCAAAAAUAAACAAGCAAUCAAACCUGCCAUAGUAGGGAGAUGGCAAUGUAAUUAAAAGCUUAUUCAUCCAUUUUUAACACUACAUUCAUACACACAUGUAUACAUGUAUGCAUGCAUUGAACUUCUAUGAGAACUUCAUGAGAAGCCUGAGAUAAGGACCAUCUGGAGGUCUUUUUCAUGAAGAAACCAGGUGGAUUUUGAGAUUUGAUAUUCAUGUGAGGCACAGCAGAUCAUUUUACUUCUUAUGUGGUUUGAUAAAUAUAAACCUUUUAGUUUUAUACAAAAUGACAAACUAAAAAAACCUUCAUACAGGAAGAAAAUAUCUGAUGUUAGAAGUGAAACAGAUUUGGAGAGCUAGUCACCUUGCCUCAUUGACGGGUUUAUAAGAGCGCGCCCAGAAAAAUCCUGUGUCUAGGAGCACUUAGAGCUGGUCAAGACUUAAAACUUUUCCUACAAAAGCCCUGUCUUCAAUUUUUUUCUCUCUGUACAACUUCUAAGGGAUUCAACUCAAUGGUUUCAUUUUUUUAUUUAUUUCCACUAAUUUCUCUCUAGUUGAUGAAUUCUUUUUUUUUCCUUAGAAACUCAAUUAUUUUAAAUAGACAUCACAUAAGGGGUGGGUGUACUUGAGGUGUGUGUGUGUGUGUGUGUGUGUGUGUGUGUGUGUGUGUGUGUUUAGCUAAAGAGUAUUAGUUUUGGCAUCAGUCAGUUGUUCAAAUCCAAGCUCAACGUCUAAUUAACUCCUUUUCCUUAUCUGGAAAGUGGAGAAUCUGUACAAGAAUUGUGUAAGUAUUGAAUGAAACAAUGUAUGGAAAGCUCUACCAUGAUUCCUAUCACAUAGUAAGGAAUCAAUAAAUUAUGAAUAUUUUUAAAAUAAAUAGUAUUUUAACCAG